CCGAGCGGGUGCUGCUAGCGGAGGCGCCAUAUUGAAAGGGACAAAACUCCGGCGACAGCGAGUGACACAAAUAAACCCCUGGACGCCCUCGUUACCCCAGUUCUAAGGGCCGCGAUGUUGUACCUAGAAGACUAUCUGGAGAUGAUUGAGCAGCUUCCCAUGGACUUGCGGGACCGCUUCACGGAGAUGCGCGAGAUGGACUUGCAGGUGCAGAAUGCAAUGGAUCAGCUAGAACAAAGAGUCAGUGAAUUCUUUAUGAAUGCGAAGAAAAAUAAAUCUGAAUGGAGAGAAGAACAGAUGACAUCCAUCAAAAAAGAUUACUAUAAAGCUUUGGAAGAUGCAGAUGAAAAGGUACAAUUGGCAAACCAGAUAUAUGACUUGGUAGAUCGACACUUGAGAAAGCUGGAUCAGGAACUGGCUAAGUUUAAAAUGGAGCUGGAAGCUGAUAAUGCUGGAAUUACAGAAAUAUUAGAGAGGCGAUCUUUGGAAUUAGAUACUCCUUCACAGCCAGUGAAUAAUCACCAUGCUCAUUCACAUACUCCAGUGGAAAAAAGGAAAUAUAAUCCAACUUCUCACCAUACAACAACAGAUCACAUCCCUGAAAAGAAGUUUAAAUCUGAAGCUCUUCUGUCCACUCUUACAUCAGAUGCCUCUAAAGAAAACACACUUGGAUGUCGAAAUAAUAACUCCACGGCCUCUUCCAAUAAUGCCUACAAUGUGAAUUCCUCCCAGCCGCUGGCAUCCUAUAACAUCGGCUCCUUAUCUUCAGGAACCGGUGCUGGGGCAAUUACCAUGGCAGCAGCUCAAGCAGUUCAAGCCACUGCCCAGAUGAAAGAGGGACGAAGAACAUCAAGUUUAAAAGCCAGUUACGAAGCGUUUAAGAAUAAUGACUUUCAGCUGGGAAAAGAAUUUUCAAUGCCCAGGGAAACAACAGGCUAUUCACCAUCUUCGGCACUCAUGACCACGUUAACACAGAACGCCAGCUCCUCGGCAGCCGACUCGCGAAGUGGGAGAAAGAGCAAAAAUAACACCAAGUCUUCCAGCCAGCAGUCAUCGUCCUCCUCCUCCUCCUCUUCGUUAUCAUCCUGUUCUUCAUCAUCCACCACAGUACAAGAAAUCUCUCAGCAGACAACAGUAGUACCAGAAUCUGAUUCGAACAGUCAGGUCGAUUGGACUUAUGACCCAAAUGAGCCGCGCUAUUGCAUUUGUAAUCAGGUAUCCUAUGGUGAGAUGGUGGGAUGUGAUAACCAAGAUUGCCCCAUAGAAUGGUUCCAUUAUGGAUGUGUUGGCUUAACGGAGGCACCAAAAGGAAAGUGGUACUGUCCACAGUGCACGGCUGCCAUGAAGAGGAGGGGCAGCCGACAUAAAUAAGGGCGGCCAUUCCACUCGAAGAAGGAAAAAGCUUCAGCUAGAUAUUUUAUACAGGACUCAAGAAAAAGGAAAGAAAAAACAAUGCAUUUCCCAGCAACUGCUUAAAGGAUUUCUAUAGACAAUCCUAUAAGAUCUUGAACUAUAAAUUUUAUGGGUUGUAUUUUAAUAAUGUAAGUAAAUUAUUUAUGCA